UAUAUGCUUACAAAGAUGCCGUUUGUGCUGAUUCCGCAGAAUAUGAGACCAGCAACUUUGUACAUAAACCGCGGUCGUUGUUUACUAGCCGUCGAUGUGUUGUCGAAAAUUCGCUGGCAUUCGAGUGCGGUAAGAAUGGAUUGCCCUGUCGUUGAUACUGAAGCUGGCAAAGUUCGCGGUUCUGCAAGCAAGAUAUUUACAUCCAAAGCUAUCUUUUCAUAUCGCAAUCUUCCAUAUGGAAGACCACCUACAGGAAAACGCCGCUUUAUGCCCCCGGAAAAAGCACUGCCAUGGAGCGGAAUACAAGAUUGCACAAUGAGGACCAACAUCCCUAUGCAAACUGCAUUUGAAACUGAAGAGAUGCAAUAUUACACUCCAAGUCUGUUUGAUGGAAUCGGUAAAAUGGAAGAAAGAUUGACAGAAGAUUGUCUUCGUCUUUCAAUUUAUACGCCUGUAGAUUUUCAAGAUGGUAAGCACCCGGUUAUGGUAUGGUUUUAUGGUGGAGCUUUCCAAAUGGGAUUUGCAGAUAUGUUCGACGGAACAGUGCUCUCUGCUCUUCAUGAUGUGGUUGUUGUUAUUCCCAAUUACAGAGUCGGAGUUUUCGGAUUCUUUUCCUUGGGUAGGAAUUCACCGUGUACUGGAAACGCUGGACUACUGGAUCAGAGAAUGGCACUGCAGUGGGUACAGAAUAAUAUUGGAGCUUUUGGAGGCGACAAAAACAAUGUGACAAUAUUUGGAGAAAGUGCUGGAGGGUGCUCCGUCAAUCACCACGUAAAUUCAUCAAUGUCAAGUGGUCUGUUUCACAAGGCAAUAAGCCAUAGCGGUCAAUCCACAUUAGCAAAAAUAUUCAAACGUGAUCUGACCAGGGCGCGAGAAAAUCUUCUGGAGAUUUUAGACAUCAAUGAAACUGAUCCGAUGGAACGUUUAAACAAACUGCAGAAUAUACCAGCGGAAAAACUAGUAAAAGCGGACUUCAACAUGAGGAUGAGAUUUAUGGCUUUUAAUCCCACAAUAGAUGGGGUUUUUGUACAUGAAGACCCUUUGAAAUCGCUGGCGUAUGGACCGGCUAAUAAAGUGCCAUACAUUAUUGGAUGUAAUAAUUCUGAAGGACAAGGCAUGCUUACUUUGUUAGCUCGAGUGCCUGGGUUUGUCGAGGGAAUGACAAAACAAGCCGCGAAGGUUAUGUUGACAAACUUCUUGCCAAGAAUGAGCCCUUCGUCUUUGGAGGAAUGCCAAGAUGCGUGCAUUGAUUUCUAUGAAAAAGAUCCAAACGAUAAAUUUCGAUACAGCAAAGUGUAUGGUGAUAUUUACACCGACUCGAUGUUUGUUGCGCCAGCAGUAACUACGGCGAAAGCCCACACAGAAGCGGGUUGUCCAGUCUAUUUCUACUACGCAACGUAUCAAGUGAAAUUUAAUCAUGAUACUGAAUAUGGGCCAAAUGUUGCACAAAAACCAGAUUGGUGUUUUUGCGAUCACUCUGACGACAUUUACAUGAUGUGGGGAGCGCCGCUGGUUCCUGGUGGAAUAAGUAGAGGCGCGAGAUUUACGGAGGAAGAGAAGGAACUGAGUGAAAAAUGCAUGAGAUAUAUAACAAAUUUUGCAAAAACGGGGAACCCAAACGUUGGUGAGACUGUUGAUGUUCACUGGCCGAUGUAUUCCACUCCCGGAAAAUACAUCGAACUAGACCAUGAAAUGAGAACCAAAGAAAAUUUGUUACCAAAUAACGUGAAAUUUUGGAUGGAAAAGAUACCUGCGAUCACGAAGAAACAUGAAAAUGACGACAGGCGUGCAAGACUUUAAAAAGUGUCUUCAUUUUUACCAAUCGACAAUUCCUCAAUACUGUUACUAAUGUUUUAAUUGCCAUCAAUUUUUAGUAAUUUUGCAA